AUGUCCGGGUACCUUGGAAAGCGGCGAAGGCAGAGCUUGACGAAGAACCUUGCUACAAAUUAUAUUGAAGAAACCACUCCCAUGACAGCGCUUGCAAAGCACGUCACAAUCCUUGACGCAAUGACCCUGGAAGAAAUCCUUGGGCCCUCGGCAAAACGCAUCGAAGCCAUCGAAAACGACGUCUUGGCCCGAAUCUGGGUUAAGCAAGGUGAAGAAAAGUUCAAUGAUCUUUGCGUCAUGCAUGGAGGUGUCGAGGAAGUUUGGAGGAUAAAAGAGAGUCCUUUUGUAAGCAAGAUGCCGGAGGACAACCUCCAUACCGUCGGGCAUAAUGCUAACACAGAGCAAAUUGUUCUUGAUCUUGCGAGGUUCGGGAUGGCUGUGGGAAAGUUUGUGGAUUCGGUAUCUGAGGGGGUUUCCAUGAGCAUGUGGUAG